AUUUAUCAUGCAAACACCGGAAUGAUGUGCAGAGAGAGAGACCCCCCCCCAGGUGACGAGGCCCUACGCUAUUCUUAGUUUAGGUACAGGCCUGACUGACUUUACUAAACAUUGGUAUAAUUUGCUUAAUUCUGACGGCAGACGCAGAUUUGUUCCUUUGUUUGUUUCUAUCUAAACUAACUUUUAAUUACCUGAAAACAGAAAAAUAUUUUCUUUUGAUUAACUCAGAAUAAGCCUGUCAUUCAUGCAUAGGCAUGCCGCCAUCUUGGAUUUUUGCAUUUUGCAUGUUUGUAUGGUACCACACAAAAAUCCACUGGUUGCCACAGUUAUCACCAGGGAAAUGAGCGUCAAAUUCUCGAACUGCCUGUCCCUUUAAUUCUCUUUCGGGCAUCAUCAGACUCAGUCUCUGUUUCUAGAACUCUCACAUGAAUCCUUCUGUCCUCCUCACGGCUCCUCUCCUGACUGUCUUCAGGAUGUGGUAUUCUGAUCUCGGUUGGCGAGCCCAUCACUCACAGGAAAGCUGACAACAUUGAGGGUAAAUAUGGAGUCUGGAUGCAGGACCCUGAGGCCGUCUCCCCAUACGGACCCAACAUGAUCUGGAGGAUUGACACGGUCGGCUCUGAUGUCAGGAAGCUGUUUGGCUACGACGACAUGGUCCAACUCUCCAAAGGCUUCCCGUCCAAGGUCUUGCUGUUGCCAGAGCAGGUGGAGAGCACGGGCGCCACUCUGUACCGCGGCUCCCUCUACUAUCAGAGACGUCGCAGUCGUACCCUGAUCCGUUAUGACCUUGCCUCUGAGAGUAUUGCAGCCCGCCGUGACCUCCCCCACGCUGGGUUUCAUGGACAGUUCCCUUACUCGUGGGGCGGCUACACAGACAUUGACCUCUCUGUGGAUGAGCAGGGUCUGUGGGCCGUCUAUUCCACCAGCAAAGCCAAAGGCGCCAUCAUGAUCUCUCAGCUCGACCCACACAGCCUGGAGGUGAAGAAGAGCUGGGAAACUCAAAUCAGGAAGAUCUCUGUAGCCAACUCCUUCAUCAUCUGUGGAAAGCUGUACACAGUGGCGAGCUACACGGCACCCAACACCAUGAUCAACUACAUGUAUGACAUGGCGACCAGCCAGGGGAAGCCCGUGUCCAUCCCCUUCAAGAACAAACACCACUACAACAGCAUGAUCGACUACAACCGUGCCCAGAGGAAGAUCUUCGCCUGGGACAACUUCCACAUGGUGUCGUAUGACGUCCAACUGGGACGCCAGCAGGCGAACUAAUGCCGCCACUGGGGACUGUUAGCGUGAUUCCUGCCCUCCUGUUCCUGCUUCAGAGACUCCGAGCUUCAGAGCAUGUGUAGUAGAAGUUUAAAACCUGAUCCGUAUCGACAUGUAGACGAGCGAGGACUGGACUACCAGUAAGACGAAGACAUUAGUGGAACAGUGCCCCCUGCAGGUCUGCUUUUCUUUCUUCAGUAGGAGGGGCUUUUAUUGUGGCGAGCUCUACAAAGAUGUAUUACAGAGGAAUUAUUUUUGUACUGCCUUUAUCAGAUGUAUAAUUUUGUUCUGUUAUUAAAGUAUAAAUGAAUAUUUUUGGUCUGAUCAUUAAUCAGUUCUGUGGGAUAAUCAAUGAACAUGAUUUACUGCUCAAACUCCUGAUGUAUCCAACACAGAUAGCUCUGUCUCCUCAGCCAAUCCACAUCUCCUGAAUCAAAUACUGUCACUCAGCAUGUUCUGAAUGUUGCAUGUUCUUGGAUACAGUAGUCCACAUAGAGAUGUAAUGUUCACAACAACCAAUAAAGAAAAGGUA